AUGACAGCUUCCUCAAACUUGGACAAACUAGAGCCAUUGCCAUGGCUUCGAGCAGUGAUGGAUAUUGUGCUAUGUAUUGGGUCUUGUAAGUUGAUUUUGUGUAUUAUUUACUGAAUUUUAGGUACUUUUUAUUACAAUUGGUACAUGCAAAAUUUUGAGAAAAAUAGGUUGUGUUUGUCAUUGUUACAGUUGAUUAUAGAUGGCAUUUAAUGAUUUAAAAACAUGGUUUUGGUUCUUACAAUUUGAUUUUUGUUACCUAUAAUGAAAGUGGCAAGAACUUUAGUUUAAAGUAAAAAAAGAGCAAGAACUUUCUUUACAAAAUAAAAAAUUGCAAGAAAUUUCUUUACAAAACGAAAAAUGGCAAGAACUUUCUUUACAAAGCAAUAAAUGGCAAAAACUUUCUUUCCAACACAAAAAUGACAAAAAUGUUCUUUACAAAACAAAAAAUGGCGAGAACUUUCUUUACAAAACAAAAAAUGGCAAGAACUUUCUUUACAAACUAAAAAAAAGACAAGAACUUUCUUUACAGCUCAAAAUUUUAAAAAAAUUCAAUAAACUUACCUUCUCUCUUCAAAUGAGUAAAAUACGUCUCCUAGCUUUUUGUGUUCAUAUACAAAAGAUAAGAUAGUAAAGAAUAUUUAUUUUUGAAUGUACUUUACUAUUGUAACUUAUUGUAAUUACAGUAUUCCUAAUCAAUGGUCUAUUUGAAUGGAUGGGAGUGUACCGUCGCGGCUUCUUUUGUGACGAUGAAACCAUUAUGUACCCAAUGAAGCCAGAAACGAUAGGACUUGGUGGUUUGUUGGUAAUAUCGUUUGUGCCUCAACUUGUGGUAAUUACAAUUACUGAGUCGAUACGAUUAUAUCGAUUUCCGACUGAAGAAUUGUCAAGUGUGGAAAGAGGCAGAGCUAAGCCCAUUAGGCUUGUUUCGAGGGUUUUGAAGUUUUAUGGUAGGUCAACUUUAAAUCUAUGGGUACCGGGUAGAGCUAAGGCUAUGGUUAGGACUAGAAAAAAAUUUUUAUAUUAACAUUAUAUAUUAUAUUAACCUUGUCCAUUUCAGGCUACUCCCUCCUAAUAAUAGUGGUAUGUUCCUUCCUAACCGCAGUAACAAAAAACGCCGUUGGCCGUUUACGGCCAAACUUCCUGGACGUAUGUCAACCGACAUUCGACUGGCGACAUAACUGCACCACUCACGAAUACCUGACUGAUUACGAAUGUACAGCUGAUCGAUCGAAAUGGGCAAUGAAAGACGCUCGACUGUCAUUUUUCAGCGGACAUUCGAGUAUGAGCAUGAGUGCUGCCAUGUUUAUUGUGGUAGGGGAUUUGAAUUUAAUUUUUUUAACCUGUUGAACCUCUGCGUAUUUUACAAAACUUUUUACGAUUUUCUAAAAAAUCAAUAUUUAAAUCUUGUCAAAAAUUAAAAAAUCGAUAUUGACAUUUCGUUACAAAAACUAAAUAUCUUUUUUUGCAUAUGUUUAAUAAUGUCAUAGAAAGUUUAAAAAUUAGGGUGCGGGUUGCAAAAUUUUUGUAAUUUUCAAAAAAUCAAUAUUGACAUUUCGUCAAAAAUUAAAAAUCAAUAGUGACAUUUUGCUACAAACUGAAAUUUGUGUUUUUUAGCAUUAAUAUUUAAAAAUGCCAUAGACACUUUUAAAUUUGAGCACAAGUUGCGCAUUUUUCAAAUUUUAAAAAAUCAAUAUUGACAUUUAGUUCAAAAUCAAAAAAUCAAUAUUGAGAUUAAGCCAAAAACUCAAUUUUUUUUAUCAAAACGCUUGAUUUUAUGGCAUUAAAAAAUGAAAAUAAAAUAAAAUUAUAGCAAAUUUUAGGUAUACCUCCAAUCCCGUGCAGCUGGUGAAUGUUGGCUGAACACGUUGAUACCCAUUCUUCAGUCGAUUUCUUUUUGCGGCGCAAUUUACGUCGGAUUGACGAGAAUUUUCGACCACAAACAUCACUGGUCGGAUGUGUUGACUGGCUUGAUUGUUGGAAUGACUAUUGUCAUUCUUGUGGUAAGUUUAGAAUAGGGGUUAGAGGACACAUUCCGUAUUUUACACUUUUCUAUCCAAAAUAAGCUUUUUUUAACUUUAAAUAUAUUGAAAUAGAUCAAAAUUUAGUUUUUUAAACAAAAAAACUAUUAAUUUUAAGGUUAGUUUACUUUUCUUAAAUUCCAAUAAUUUUGUGACACUUCGUUUAAUUUUCCAAUAUUUUUUGUGACACUUCGCAACAUUAUUAAAAAAGCUGUAAAAAGUUUAGUUUUUUGUUUAAAAAUAGACAAAAACAAUGUUAAAGAUUAAUUAUAAUAUCCGAUAACUUUGCGACACUUCGUCUACUUUUCCAAUAAUUUUUGUGGCAGUUUGUUAAAAAACACACAUAGUGUUUAAAAAGCUGCUCUUAUGUUUUUAAAACAUAAAAAAAAAGUUUUUCUAAACAAAAAUUUUUAAAAAAUUUUUAAAUUUUGAUUUCAGUGGAAAUUCGUAGCUGGCUACGAUAUAGCGCCAUUGAAGCAAAGACGACGAAAAUGCGUGGUAAAUAUCGAUGAUGUCGAAUUGCAGAAACCUUCAGCCAUUCAGACUAACAGCACUGAAUAUACAAAUAAAUCGUUUCAAAGUGACUUAACUCAACGAUUAUGA